CAAGCAAGACUCAGUCAGGAACUGCAUGAAUUGGUUUGCGAUCAAUCUCAGCGAACCGAAUUGACUUGGUAGCAUAUAGUUCAAUACUCUACUGACUAUAUGCAUAAUUCGAGUUAAUCCGCGCCCAUGGCGAUAAUAAUUCUACAGCGAUCGUCACCUAGCAUCAUCGACAGGAACUCGCAAUCGCGAAUCGAGAUAUAGCCUCGCUAAUAUUUCCUACAAAUUAAGGCAAACUGUUAACCAGUGGAAAUAUGGCCUUGUGGCCUUUCCGUCGCAGGGGCUCGCGCAAGCGAACUCGAACACCAGCUGUUGGUUCCGAUGUUGAUACUUUAGACCGUGGCCGUCAACCUGCCUCACGAAGUCAGACCGAACCUGCCGGUACCCCGAUAGGCAAUGAGUCCCUGAGAGGAAAACGAGAUGGCCCUCACAAGCUGCAACGGCGCCAACGUACUUACAGCUUUUCGCCCGGCCGUCGAGACUCUAUACGUGUUACUAAGACUAAGAAGGGACCGAUUGCAUCGUUACCCCCUGGUUUUAUGCCCGCUGUUCCAGAUGAAGCCUACAGAGGCCCCGGGAUGUCACCAUGUCCCAACGAUGAUCUCGCAACUCGAGUGCCGACCUUGCAUCAUGAAAGCUCACGGAAUAAACGACGGGGCCAACCUUUGCCACGAAAAAAGUCUAGUAAACGUCGAAAAGAGGACCAUGUUCGAGAAGCUGAAAUUAAGGCUAUGAGUCAGUUUAUGCCGGCGCGCCCUGCUGCGGACGCCUGGCCAGCUGGUCGCUUGAUGAAAAAUGAGAGCAAGCGAACAAGACCUGGCUCGAACAGAAAUUGGGACGAACCUUCCUCCGAUAUCUCUUUACCUUUGCCUCACUCGAUUCGUUCAGCUAUAUCGACGGAUUCGGAACAGCUUUCUUGGAAGGUUUCAGCCUUUGAGGCUCUCGCACCACGUCCGACACUGCGAUGUGCCUCCAAUCCUGUUUAUGGACCAGCAGCUAUUAGCGGACUAACUCGAUCUCAAUCGACAAAACGGAAGCUUACAGAAAGGGGCGCAAUUCCUGAAGCUACACUUCGAGCUCAUAAGAGGAUCGAUAACCUAGCGGAUGAUUUAGAUGCAUCGGAUCUACGAGAAUUGAUGGAGCGGGACCAGCGAAGGAGAGAAAGGAAGAAAGAGAUAGAGCGGGAAAGGUUAGAGAGACGUCUUGCUCGAAGGGCAGAGAAACAGCUAGCGGAAGAAGCCGAGGCUGUCAAAAGCGGUACUCCGCCGCCUCAAAACUUGGAAAGGGGUGUUCUGGGUCGUGAAAUGACAGGUGAAGAUCCAGCCUCAGUAGUUAUUACAUCGUCAAGAAGGAGACGCUCAGACGAAUCGCCACGGAGAUAUAGCGAGCAGCAGGAGGAAUUAGAAACCCGUAAGGAUUCACCAAAGCCUUUGGAUGAGUUCCACCGCACGGAAAGUAUUCCACUUGAGCCGUCCACGCCUGCUAAGGCUCCCGAGUCUUCCCAAGUACCCGAGUCUUCCCAAGAGCAACAACAGCCGUCUUCGCGUGCCUCGAGCCCAAGGGUUUUAAGUUUCAUUCGCACAAGGACAUCCCGUUCAAGAUCACCCAAGGGAUCGGCUCGAACGAGGGUUGAUAUUGAACAACCUUCGCCUUCGCUAAGUAAACCAGACUAUGCGGAGUCAGGUAGCAGGGUCUCUGAUGCCGGCUCUUCGAGGCCUUGGAGGUCAUUCUUCAGAUGGGGUAAGAACAAACGCAGCUCCGGUCCGUCAUCUUUCUCGAAUACCUCGCGUGAUUCUAUGUCAGCAGGUCCACCGCUAGCACACCAGAAUUAUAUACCGCGAAAAAUCAGCUCGAACGUACCAAAGAGGACUAUGUCUCGUUUCCGAGAGGACCUCCCUGAGUUACCGCUAUCACCCCCAGAUUCGCGUGUAACAUCUCCCGAUGCCGAUCCGCUGCCCGUGGACCCUUUGCCUGUAAUCACCGAUGACGUGCAGAUGCGUUAUGAUACCCCAACCUCGGGCCGUCGAUCACACGAGGUUAUGCGCGCGACACCUAAUUCCUGGCAACGAGAUGAAAUCCAGUCGUCGCCGGCACCGCAAUCCAUGUCGCUUGCCUCUAUAGAUUCGGAAGCAUCUUGGCUUUCAGGUCGCAUCAGUAGGAAGCGAGCCUCGUCAGGUAUGAGGAGCUCGCUUCAGCAAUAUGCUCAGCCUCCUUUCUCCACGGAAUACGAAGAACGUGCUUCCGACGAUGAGAAUAUCGUUGAAGACGAGUAUAUGAACAGUGUCGUCCCUACUCACUCGCAUGAAAAAUCCACAGGCGAGGCUCGCCCAAGUAGUGACGAGGGAGAUGAAGACCGGGAAGCCAAGUGGGGCACUGUUAGUCAAACACCUGUUGUGCACCACAGAGAUACUAUGCAAAGCAGAGAAGGCUUUCUUCAGUCUUUUGACGAUGAUGAGAAAGAUCUCGAGAAGUACAGCGACGAUGAAGAAGAGGGUUCAUGUCCUAUUCGACCGCAGAGAGCAACUAGUGUUAGCCUUGAUAAGGGCCACGCUCGAAACUUCAGCGCCGGUAGCGCCAAGCUGCUAGAGAUAUCACCUCGAGCAUCUAGCGAGAACAGGCAAAGUUUCAUUGACCAGGGCACCCAGUAGUGAUGUGCGCUGACUAGGAGCGAGUGGGUUAACAUUACUUGGAACCAGACAAACCAUUUCAACACCAACCGGGUGCACGAUCUAAACCAGGAGAUACGAUUAACGUUCAUUUUUCUUUACCUUCCAUUUACGUCCGACCAACAGCUACCAACUAAACGACAUUCAUUUGAUAUUUCCUUACCCUCUCAGAUACCGACCUCAUUCAUUCAUUACGG